UUGAUAUUGAGUCAAUAUUUCCAUUUCUGAAUUUCAAUUUUCAAUAUAAUAUUAUAAUGAACUAUGAAGUGUUUGUAUAAUCGCAUUUCGUUUUAUCAUUAGGAUUAAAGACAUUUUAACAUACAUUUUUGAGUUGCGCUGACGUUUGUACAAUCGUAUUACAGAUUUUGUACUCUUAAAUAAUAAUUUAGUAAAAUGUUUAAGACCUUGAGGUUUUUGUCUCAGCUCUCAUCAACUGUUCAAACUGGAUUGCGAUCUUCAAUUUUGAUUUUGAACAAAUAUUCGGGUCGAAGUAUCUACUAUCAAUGUCGACAGCCGAUUUUGGCAAACAAAUUUCUAUGUGUCAACAUGGACAGACGUUACAAACGUACAAAGAAAGAAAAUGAUCGAGAUUCUGACGAUGAAUUUGAUUUAGAAAUGGAUGAAUCCAGUCAACUGAUUAAAUUUAGAACUAGUACGAUGAGAAUGGAUACUGUCCUAAAACAUGCACUAGGAAAGUCUAGAAAUAAAAUUGAAGUAGCUUUUUAUGAAAGUCGUAUCCGUGUAAAUGGAGAAAAAGUACAGAAGAAAAGCCAUGCAAUAGAAGUAGGUGAUGAGGUGGAUCUGGUCAAAGGUCCUAGUCCAAAUAAUCCAGAUUUUCUUUUAGUAUCAAGAGUAGAAGUUUUGUCUUCCAAAUUAGAUGGAGAUGAAUUAGAAGUGAAAUUAAAAAAGUACAAGAGCCUUUUGAUAAAUAAUUAUGAAAAUAAAUGGAAACCACAAUCAUAAAAUAUGUUGUACAUUUAGAUAAGAUAAUUUAAUUUUAAUACUUUAUUUAUAGAAAGUUAAUUUUAAAUUAUAUUUCCAGCGUUCAAAAAUGUGUAAAGAAAUUUAUUAUAUUAUAGGUUUAUAUUGAAAGUGUCAAAAAAUAAAAUGUAUUUAAUUAGCCCAUAAA